ACAACCGGAUAACAUGUAUGAUACUAUACAUCCUAUAUGAUAUUGUACGACCGCUAUUCCAUCCAUAACGUAACCUAUUGUAGGGUAAUAUAUCAUACUAAACGGAGGGAAACAAAUGCAUUUUCCAAAUCCUACCCAUUGCUCUGAAGACAGGUUGAUAUUUUGAACGUGCAGUGUACAUAUGUGAUUGAAGAUUGUUCAUAAUGUUCAAGGGGAGCUUGAUGCGCUAGUAUCUGGCAGGCGGCAACAGUGUUUGUUGAAAAAGUAGCCUACCCAAUAGCCGUGUCUGCGAACUACACUUCUGACUGGGUAUUUAGGAGUGGGGCGCGGUAUUUUCUAGGAACCUGUUAUGGAAUAAACGCUGUUGCCUUAUCUUGCCUAUGGUAGCAUCAUAUGUCAUGUCCGCCAGAUAUCUACUUAUAUUACUGUACUUAAUAGCUUCUUAUGUCAAUUAACAUUGGACGUACUGUAUCAGAAGAUGGACCGUUUAAUCGCAUUAUUAUGAGCGUGGGUGGUAUAAAAGUAUUAGCUCAUUGAUUCCCAUCCAGGUAUUGGCAGACAUUUUAAGACAAAAUAGUUAACAUGGAGUGGAAGCUAAAGAAGACGCUGUCGCUUUUACUGGAGGUGAUUAUUUUGUGCUAUAUGGUUCAUGGAACUGCAGUGGAGAAUAGAGAAUGCAGGGAGCAGGAGUACAGGGAUGAAGUAGGGGACUGUGUCGCCUGCAGACAGUGUGGAUCUGGGCAGGAGUUAUCCACGGAAUGUGGUUUUGGCUAUGGGGUGGGUGCUCGCUGUGCACCCUGCAGACCGGGGCGCUACAAAGAGGAAGCAGGAGGGCAGAAAUGCAAGCCAUGUCUAUCAUGUGCCCACACCAGCCGCCUCCAUAGAGCCAACUGCACCACCACAGGAAACGCUGUGUGUGGAGACUGUCUGCCCGGGUUCUAUAGGAAAACCAAGCUGAGUGGGUUUCAGGACAUGGACUGUGUACCCUGUGGAGACCCUACUCAUGCCUAUGAGCCUCUCUGCAGUAGCAGGGUGAACCUGGUGCCCCUUUCGUCUGUUGUGGCAAGCUCCAGGGACACUGUCCUGGCUGUAGUCAUCUGCAUCGCUCUGACUUCUGUCCUACUGGCCCUAAUGCUUUUCUGUGCCAUCUACUGCAAAAGACAGCUGGAGAAGAAACCUCAUGAGCCAUGCCAGGGUGGUAGCUGCCAUGAUGCAAAGUUCCCCAGCUUUGAGAAUAUUCAGGUCCAUCAGCUACAUCAAAUCACCUCAAACUGCUACCAUGGCACAGGCAUAACUUGUGGUCAAGUGAAGCUUUUCCCUUAUCAGUUCUCUGAGGAACCUUGCAGCAUGGAGAACAGCAAUGGUAUGGCCACAUAUCCUGCCUGGGACUCACAGAGAAGACCACUAGAGAACACACUGCCCAGUGAGCUGAACCAUGACCUCUACCAAACUGAUGUGGAAGUGUCUGAUGAGAAGACGUGGACCCAUGCUGUAUUAAACUAAAGAUCUGGGAUUCACUAAACUGUACUGAGUAGACCUAAAAGCAGAGACCAUUUCUUCAUGAGGAUAACCUUUGAUAUGUUGACUGUCAUCAUAACAGACUUGUGGUUAUGUGAAAGACAUUGCAACUGCUGACAGAAACGUGACUUGCUGGUUUCAAAGCCAUUCAAACUUGUAUUUUCUGCUUCUGUUAUUGCCAUUACCAAAUAUGUGUGGGCCAAUGUCUGAUAUAGUGCAAGUUUAAAUUUAACUAAUUCUCUUGGAUUUUUAAAAAUGUUAAAAUAUGUACAAUGUAUACAUUUAAAGCUUGUAAUUUACAGUCUCAUCCAAAAAAUUAUUGGCACCCUUGAUAAAGAUGAGCCAAAAAUUCUGAGCUAUUGUAUUUUAUAGUAGUACAAUUGCUUAGGAAAAAAUGGUUUAACAUCUCAAAAUGAUGGAUGGCACCCAUUUUUCAAUACUUUGUUAUGAAGCCGUUACGAGCAGGGUGUCAAGCAAAGUGUUAAACAUUAUUUUAAUGGUGUUCGUUAGUAUGAAGGAAAACCAGAGAAUACAGCAGAGCUCUUCCAGAGGCCAGCACAGAGCUGUAUUGCUUUAGUGAGUCUGUCAUUUAUCUGCAGCCCUUCAGACAUCCUCCGUCCCCUUAUUCUCUAUGUCAAAACAAUUACAGGCCCACAGCUCUUUCACUUGUUUCACUAAUCAGGCUGCUGACGGUCUAUCUCACAAAAAAGAGCAUUCAAGAGUGAUUCAUUCAAUAGCUGAAACCUGUAGCUAGAGAUUUAGAGAGUAAUAGCACACUAGUUGUUCAGAUGACAAAAAAAAUUAAAUAGUAGACAAUAUAGGGCUGGCACUGGCAACAUGGAUGUUAAGGGUUCAUAAUUCACAAUGAGACAAGGAUGCAUCACAAGUCAAAUACAAUAUUAUACACACUUCAUAUUUUCAUUCCCUCAUACUCAUCAGGCCACUGCAGAGUAAUAUCAAUUUUGAAAUUCAACAUCGCUAAGCGUAGGAUGAGGUAAGUGGGGAGGGGUCCUGCCCCUAAUUUCCCGUGAUAAUUCACAGUAGGUAAAAAACAAAAGUACAAUCUGCUCAUGACGAAUCAUCACGGCAGGUUACUGAGUCUGUGUCCAGGUCAGCUACUAGAGCGUCCACUAAUUCUUCAAGGGUAGGGGAUCUCUGAAGCAUGCCUGCAAACCAUGGAACAGGCCAGGAGAGAGGGGGACAGAUUUAGAUAAAGGACUUCAAUGACAAAUUUGAAACUUGUCUGAGGGAAAGAAAAUCUUGAUAUUUUAUUUGUAGUGCUCAAUCUAUUGAGCUAUUGUUUUAACCCGGAUUCAUUGUGUUUGAGUUCAUUCAUAUGUACAGAAAUUAAACUAGGUCCAUGUCAAAUUGGCCUGUAAUACACCGCUGAUUAUCUGUGCUGGUUCUGUAUUGUAACAACUCAGCUUUGGCUGUACUCAUGUCAUGUUGACAGCUACUAAGAGGUUAAUUACCAGAGAUGCAUGUCACCUCUCAGAGCCUGAUCGAGUUAACACAGCAAUUGAAAAUGAAAGCCAUAUACAACUCACUUUGGCCCUAUGGGAGAGUAAUGCCAUUGAUUAAUGUAUUUGAUCUUCUUCAAAUACCGACAAAUCAUGAACUUCAGCCCAUCUUUCAACUGUGACUAUGAAAAACAAGAGCCAGUGCCAAAAUUCUGAGUGACUCCAGGGAAUGUUGAGUGGGUUUAGCUUUUUGGGUGUGAGUGGAUGGAAUAACAUCUAGUUUCAACAUUUGCUAAAUGGAUGUAAAAAUCUAUCUGGAGAGUUUCCUAAGUAUCACCAUAAAUAGGGCUUUGAAUUAAGUGUGCAAAUUAAAGGAAAUAUCCACCCAUUUUGAA